AUGAAGUCAAGAGCGCUGUUACUAUUUGGCGUCAUCAGCGCAGCAAAUGCUCUGUAUUUUACCAUACAGAAGGAGGGUCAUCGCUGCUUUUUGGUGGAUGUACCAAAGGAUACGACAUUUCGAGCCGAGUACGAGUCGCCAGACACGACAGAUGUCAUGAAAACGAUUGUGGCCAUUUAUGCGCCAAAAUCAGCUGAUGGUAAGGACGAGAAGACGCAAGUUAAGAGUGAACAAACCAAUCAAAAGGGGUCAAUCAUGUUCACAGCGACAGAGAAUGGCCCUCACUGGGUCUGCAUCAGCCUAGACUCGUCCAAUUAUGCGCUCCCGGAUCGUGCUACAAUGCGAUUUACGUUGAAAUUGAGCAUGGGCACAAGUCACGAGGAGUAUCAAAAUCUGGCUAAGAAGAAUCAGAUGGACGAUCUUCAAUUGGAGGUUCUAAAACUACGAGAUCGCGUUACUUCUAUUCAACGCAAUCAAGACUAUGCUAAGAACAAAAGCAUGGGGCUUCAUUUAGCGAGAAAAGUGAGCAAUAGUCGCGCAACUUGGAUGUCAGUGAUUCAGAUUGUCAUCUUGCUUGUCACUGGCUUUUAUCAGGCCAAGCACCUUAAAGCGUACUUCCAUGUAAAGAAGUUGGUUUAA